AUGGACCAGAGCACGCCAAGCACGCCUGUCUUCCACUGCCUCCCGCAAUCAGGUCAAACGCAUGCUGGUAGCUUCAAGAACACUGUCCAACCAUCUCGUCCUCUGUCGUCCCCUUCUCCCUCCCCUUGUGCCCUCCAUCUUUCCCAACAUCAGGGUCUUUUCCAGGGAGCCUUCUCUUCUCAUGAGGUGGCCAAAUAUUGGAGCCUCAGCUUCAGGAUCUGUCCUUCCAGUGAGCGCUCAGGGCUGAUUUCCUUCAGAAUGGAGAGGUUUGAUCUUCUUGCAGUCCAUGGGACUCUCAAGAGUCUCCUCCAGCACCAGAAUUCAAAAGCAUCCAUUCUUCGGCGAUCAGCCUUCUUUACGGUCCAGCUCUCACUUCCCUACAUCACUACUGGGAAAACCAUAGCUUUAACUAUACAGACCUUUGUUGGCAAGGUGAUGUCUCUGCUUUUUAAGAUGCUGUCUAGGUUUGUCAUUGCUUUUCUCCCAAGAAGCAGGCAUCUUUUAAUUUCGUGA